AUGAAAUUAACGAAGCUAUUUCCAAAUUGGGAUGGAGAUUUAUCUGAAAAAAAAAAAAAUAUUGAAAUUAGUUGCAACCUAAAUUUGUCUACCUGUUACAAUAAGAAUAAAGACUUCCCCAAUGCCAUCGCUCACGCCUCCAAGGUUCUUAAGAUUGAAAAAAAUAAUGUGAAAGCGCUUUACAAAUUGGGUGUUGCUAACAUGCACUUUGGCUUUUUGGAAGUGGCUCGAGAAAACCUUUACAAAGCUGCUUCCCUAAGCCCCAACAACGUAGAAAUACGAAACUCCUAUGAUGCCUGCCUUAACAAAUUGAAGGAGGCCCGCAAAAGGGACAAACUCACCUUCGGGGGCAUGUUCGACAAGGGCAUUCUUUACGAGGAGAAGAAGAGCAGCGCCAAGUGA